AUGUCCUCCAACUGGGCCAAAGAUUUUAAUCUCCAGCCAAAGUCCCAGACAAUCAAGGAUCUCAGUUAUGCGCAGGAUCAGUUUGCCAACCAGGAACAGCACUCCAAAAACCUCCAAAAGAACCUUGAAAAUCUCUUUCAAGAUUCAGCAAAACUGCGUAAAAAAACUGAAUCUUUAGCUGCUUCGCUUCAGCAGUCAAUUCCAAAAGCUCAUAGCUCGCUUGCUCAAAUUAAGGCCCCGACUGGCGCAAUCUUGUCUUCGCCAUCAACGCCCACCUUUUCGCCACAAACGCGCAAGCGUCGAACAAAUAGUUCUAGUACUGUCGCCAGUAACGCAACGUCAACAACUCAGUAA